AGAGGCCUUCCAGCUGCGAUUCCCCGAUGAAACGGCACCUGCCGCACCGUUGCGGGCACUUCGGUAUACUUCUGCAGGGGGCCGGCACGCUGACUUGCGUCCAGAUGGAUGGCCAGUCAGCGCUUUGCUGAAGGUCGCCUUCAAUCGCAAGCGGGAUGGCAACAACGCGUAUUCCAACAAGGUGGUCAUUAUGGAUGAGGUCCACAACCUCGUGAGACUGCAGACGCAGUAUGGGGAGCAGCUGGCAAAACUUCGAACAUUACUCUCCACAGCCACUGGCACAGUGCUGGCUGGCUUCACCGGAACGCCAAUCCUGAACCAGGCUUGUGAAGGACGUCAGCUGUUGGACAUCAUCAAAGGCGGAGCUGGACGAGGUGAUGGGGGCUUCUUAUCCUCCUUUCCUAUGCGACCAGUCGGGCUUUUCCCGGCUUCUUUACCGCGGGGCGUCCCGGAUGGCAUACUCUCGCCCAACCUCCGCCGCCGGUUCGUGCAGAAGGUAACACUCACGGGUGAGCCGUUGAAGCGCUACGAUGCCAAGCGAGCGAAGGGGCUGCCUGACCGAAGGCUUCGCGCCUACUGCAACCUUUGCGUGCAUUUCGGAAGCUUGCAUGAGGGCAAGAACGGCAGCAAGGCUCGAGUGCUGGCAAACAUGUCCGCUUGUGCGCCAAAGCUCUUUGCCAUAGCGGCCGACGUGGUGGAGCACCCGGAAAAGGCUUUGGUACUCAUCAACCGCAGCUCCGGGCUGAUGGCGCUGCUGGAGCACUUGCGAGCGCAGGCCUCUGAGCACAACUUCAGCGUGGCUACCAUGGAGGAGCUGGCAGAGUUCAAUUCUCCUGGAAACCUGCGUGGUGAGCGAUUCCGUGUUCUGGUGGCAGAUGCCGCCUCAUGCUCUGAGGGAGUCAGCUUCUUCGCCGUUCGCAGGUUGCACCUUGCUGAUGUGCCGGCCACGCCAAGCGCUCUGGUGCAAUCGGUCGGCAGAGCCAUUCGUAUGUAUGGGCACAGAGGCCUGCCGGAGGAGGAGCAGACAGUGACCACCACGCUGUGGGUGGCCGGGCUGCCUCGCUGGAUGCAGUCCCCGCUGGCGGCCUGGGCCUUCCGCGCCCAGCGGCGCCGGGAGCCAGAGGAUAUGGAGAGUGGCGCGCGGCGCCUGGUGAAGCGCCUGCUGGCCGCAGGCCUUCGGGACCUCGCGGAGCUCAAGGAGCGCAUCGAAACGUGCGGCGGAGGCUUGAAGAACUCUGAUGGAACGAAAGCGCCCCUGACACCGGCAAAGUCAGCAGCGUUCCUGGAGCAGGUGGGGCUGUGGGAGGAGGCGAAGGCAGUGCGCCAGCGCGCUGGCAAGAUACAGGCCCGCAAGCCAAGGGCCCCGCCUGUGCGGAAGGCACGAACCCGUACGGCCAAGCCAGAGGUGAAGAACGAAGCUAAGGUGAAGCCAGAAGACGUUAAGAUCAAGAAGGAGCUGCCAGAGACUCGCCCUGGGCGUCUCGUGGCAACACCUCAAGCAUCUCAGGAGGGCGGUGGAGAUGACCGGCCCUUGGCGGCACUCCUGGCCACGAAGCAGCCCAAAUCCGUUGGCGAGGCUCAGGGACCAUUGCAAGACAACUUCGCCUGGGAGAGGGACCCGCUUUUGAGGGCCAUGCAGUGCCUCUACUGCGCUGAGAGCGCCGCGGACGCGGCGGAGCAGCUGCAUCUCAGGCCUUGGUCUGCUGACGAGGAGGCCCUCAAGAGUCUGGCCUGCGCGUCGCGGGAGUUCGUGCCAGCCCUCACCCAGCUGCGCGAGCGAGCGGUGGACCGUCAAGUCUUGCUGGCAGCAGAGAGGCGAAAACAGGCCACGCAGCCCGAGGAGCCUGUGCAGAGUGAAGGAGAGAGUAGCGCCUUGGACUUCAGCCUCAGCGGCCACGAAGACGAUGCCGAGCCGGCCUUCUGUUUGCCCGCCGGAUGGAGAACAGAGUCUUUCCGGCGAAAUGGGCGUGAGCACCGUGAGUUCAUUGACCCGCACGGCAGACGCUUCAAGACACUGGGAGAAGCGCGUAAGGUGGCUGACGCCGAGCGAACCCGACAGAAUAUGGCCAAGUUGCUGCAGCAAAAAGUUGCGAAGCUUGACGGGAUCUCAUCUGGGAUGGCUACGAGCUGUGGGUUGCAGGAGCGUGUCCUGGACGAGGCUCAUGGUCCCAAGCGCCAGAAGGUCCAGUGAGCCAGUAGUGUGGUCCCACUUGCUCACAGCCGGCGUAUGCCGGCGUAAGGCCCAAAGCCAUGUCCGUUCAUGUGCGCAGGUGGGAACCAAGUCCAAGGGUUUCCAAGCGUACGUUGCGGGGGUGCAGCGCAGGGGUACGCGCCAUGAA